AUGGCGAAGACCAGCCUCGCCACAAAGGAAAAGGUUGCACGGAAGAGGCAGACCAAGGAAACAGAGGGCGGAGAUACUCCCCCUACUGCCAAAGCAAAGAGUGGAGACGCUCCCUCUGGAAGCAGUUCCUCGAAAGUAGACCCAGCUCCAAGGUACGCCGAUGAACCGCAGUUCCAAGAGGCUGUCAACCUUCUGGCCUCUGCAGGAUUCUCUCCAUACCCUCCUCUUCAGGCUGGAUGCGAGGGAUCUAUUCGGGAUCUCAACGUACACAGAGUCUCGGUUUCAGUUACAAAGCAACUUCGUGAAGGACUGAGUGAGGUCGCGGCGCCCACCCCCAAGAUAGCCUCCGCCGUAAUGAUCACAUUCUUGGCAUCCCGAACAGGGCUCCAUGGAGAAAGCCUUGCUCACCUAGUGGGGAAGCCUGAACAGGAAGAAGCAGGCUGGUUCCGCUUUCCCUACACCUCGCCAAACAAGCUGGUGAAGAAGGGGGAGAAAGCGUUUCACGGAACGCACUUCGAGGGACGUCCUGGCGUCUACCUCCACAAGGAGAUCAACAGACAUCUGGCAGCGGGCUAUGCAUCUCUAACCCGCUACGGGCCAAAGCAUGUUUUCAUGAGGGCAAUGCUGGAAGUUCUCUAUGAUAUCGAUGGCUCCCAAAAGAAAGGGAAAAACACGAACCAGCUAAUCCUGGCCUACGAAAGCGUGCAGAUCACAGCAGUGCUGUUACAGAUCGUCACGAAGGAACACAUGCAGCUGGGGGACUAUAUUCGCGAGUGGUCCGGAGGCCUGGAAGUUCCUCUUGACAGCACCAAGGAGGCUUUCGUAUCCCUGGGACUUGAAAAGACCUGGAAGCCAGAUGCAGGCAAGAAGACGUCGUCAUCCAAAUCAAGAGGAGACACUCCCAUGACAGAGAAGAAGGGUGGAGCUUCUCCCCCUGAGCCAAAGAGUGGAGCAUCUCCCUCAACACAAGGCACGGAAGUAGGAGAUGUCAGCCUCGUGAGAUCGGCACAAAAAGUAGAAGAUGACAUACAGCCUUGGAUGGGAGAAGCAGGGAGCUUGGGAGCAUUUCGGGAAGACUCCAAGAAUCCAAGAAGCCCCCACGCCACAAUAAUCUCAAAAGCUCUCUCCGCCUGCCUACGUCAUGGACAUAAGCCGCACAUUGCAAUCACCCCUGCGGGAUGGGCCAGAGUAGUGGAUCUUCUCGAGUGGCCAAGGAUACGGGAACAGCAGGCGACAGCGGGAGACCUCAUGGAAGUCGUACGCUCCAACGCCAAGAGUCGCUUUGAGAUGGGGCUCAGCUCCACAGACGGGUGCCGUUACGUGAGAGCGGUCCAGGGACACUCAAGAACUGACGUCGAUGAUGAUGCUGUCCUGGAAGCAUUGACGGAGGAGCAACUCCCCGAGGAAAUUCUUCACGGAACGCAAUGGAUGCUCUAUGACUCGAUACGCUCGAACGGACUACUUCCGCAAUGCCGCCUCAAAGGAAAGGUUGGCGGCAAAGGAGGAGAAGGGCGCAAACACGUCCACUUUACCUCCUCAGGAAGCAGCCGAGAGGAGGUGAUUUUCGGCAAGAGAGCCAGUGCGACUAUGGCGGUAGCCGUCAACACAAGAAUUCGGCAAUGUCCAUGGGAGUACGCUUCCUGCGAAGCAGGAAUGGCGUUAUACUGA